AUGGAAUUUAAUGAAAACGAUGCAUUAUCUAUUCAAAAAGUUCAAGAUUUAUUUCAAGACAAUUCAAUUAAAAAUGAACUUGCAGUAAUAUUAGCCUAUUUUCAAUGCAUCACAGAAACAAUCUUACAAAUAGAAAAAUCUGGCACCAACCUACGAGAAACCAUCUCGUUGGUUAAAAAUGUUGAAAUUAGGUUAAGUGAAGGAGGAAUAGGCAUAGAAUUUGCUAACUUAAACUAA